AUGAAGUUUCGCGAUGGCAUGUGGCUAGUCGCUGAGGGCAUGCGAGUCGAGUACGCCGAAGAUGUCCACGAGAUCACCCCUACAGAGAACGGGUUGAGUCUGUUGUGCCCAACGCGACAUAUCAGGUCUCGCGGCGAUGUCCUCAAUCUUAGCACCAUCAAACUAGAUAUCGAGGCGGCUUUCGAUGGGGUCAUCUCUGUUGAAGCUACCCAUUGGUCUGGUGCUGUGAACCGAGGACCACAUUUCGAUUUAUACCCCAAUGGCCGGCCAAAAGUGGAAGCCAAGGUGACCAAGGGCCACAAGGGAACUACUCUGAAUUCGGGUUCACUGUCAGCAACUAUACACCCAGAUCGACAUAACUUCGACAUCCGAUUUCACAGCACAGAUGAUUCCAAGCAGUUGACCUCACUCCUGGGACGCAGUGUAGGCCUAGCCUACAAUCCGGCACCGAGCAACCCCCGGCAGACUGGGGAUAUGCGAGACUUCAAGCAUUACAUCUUUACGCAGACCACGUUGAGCGUGGGCGAGUCGGUCCACGGCCUGGGCGAGCGUUUCGGGCCGUUCAACAAAGUUGGGCAGAACGUGUCCAUGUGGAACGCCGACGGCGGCACGUCGAGUGACCAGGCCUACAAAAACGUCUCGUUCUGGCUCAGCUCCAGGGGCUACGGCGUCUUCGUAGACACGGCUGGCAAAGCUGAGCUGGAAAUCGGCAGCGAACGCACGACUCGUGUACAAACAAGUAUCGAGGGGCAACGGUUGAAAUGGUACAUCAUCUACGGCAAGACUCCCAAAGAGGUUUUACAGAGAUAUUCUGUUCUUACAGGCAAGCCGGGCAAGGUGCCCAGUUGGAGUUUUGGAUUGUGGCUGAGCACCAGCUUCACCACCAACUAUGACGAAGACACGGUCAAAUCGUUCCUUGAAGGCAUGAAGGAGCGGGACACCCAAGUAGACGUGUUCCACUACGACUGCUACUGGAUGAAGGCUUUCACCUGGACAGACUUCGUCUUCGAUGCCGAGCGGUUCCCAGAUCCCAAGGGCCAGAUUGCACGCCUCAAGUCUUCAGGCUUGGUGAACAAGGUAUGCGUAUGGAUCAACCCAUACAUCGCCCAACAUGGUGCCGUAUUCGAGACGGCUGCCAAGAACGGGUACUUGCUGAAGAGGAAAAAUGGCGACAUCUGGCAAUGGGACCUAUGGCACGCCGGCAUGGCUUUGGUGGAUUUCACCAACCCUGCCGCUGUCGACUGGUACGUCGGAUGUCUGAACGGCCUGUUCGAACAAGGAGUUGAUGCCAUCAAAACGGACUUCGGUGAGCGUAUCCCGACGUUAGACGUCGAGUGGUUCGACAAGUCGAUCGACCCGCACAAGAUGCACAACUAUUAUGCCUUCAUCUACAACAAAAUCGUCUACGAGGCACUGCAGAAACGCUACGGCCCCGACCAAGCCGUCCUGUUCGCCCGCUCCGCCUGCGCGGGCACGCAGCGCUUUCCCCUGCAAUGGGGUGGCGACUGCGAGUCCACCCCGGAAGCCAUGGCCGAGUCAGUCCGCGGUGGUCUCUCCCUGGGUCUAUCAGGCUUCGCCUUCUGGUCCGUCGAUAUCGGCGGCUUCGAGGGCUACCCGGCCCCCUGGAUCUACAAGCGCUGGGUCGCCUUCGGCCUGCUGUGCUCUCAUUCCCGCCUCCACGGCAGCAGCUCGUACCGCGUGCCCUGGACCAUCGACGACGACGACCGGUCCGACGAAGGCUGUUCCGCUACCCUGGCCAAGUGGACCUCACUCAAGACGCGCCUCAUGCCGUACCUGUUCGCCCAGGCUGCAGAGGCCAUCGAGAUGGGCGUGCCGCUGUCACUGCGCGCCAUGUGUCUCGAGUUCCCCGACGACCCUACGUCAUGGUACCUUGACCGCCAGUUCAUGGUUGGUGACAGGCUCCUGGCCGCCCCGGUAUUUGAGGAGUCAGGUGAGGUCGAGUUCUAUCUUCCAAAAGGCAAAUGGACGUCGUUCUUCACGAACCAAACGCGCGACGGGCCCGGGUGGUUUAAGGAGAGGCACGGCUUUGGCAGUCUGCCGCUGUACGUGAGGGAGAAUACGGUACUUGUGCUUGGUAAGGAGGGGGUUAGGGGCGCAAGCUAUAAUUAUGCUGAGGAUGUCGAGGUUUGUUUGUACCAGGCCAAGGAGGGGGCGAGGUCCGAAGUUGUGGACAGGGAUUGGAAUGUGUUGGGGGCGUUGACGGUGGGCGCGGAUGGGGAGUUGAAGGGUAGUGAGAUUCUGAAGGGGAAGUGGGUGAAGAGUGGAGAGGGGAGGAAGAUCGAGGAGGUAUUUAUGAAGACUAUUGAGUGGCUUUGA